AUGCUGAGUCACAAUGCGAACACGGCAAAAGCUGGCCGUCAGACUAGACCAGCGUACGUCCUUCAAGCGUAUAAAGCCAGCCAGAAAAUUCAGCUCAAAGGCAUCAGACACCACUCACCUGUUUCUGAACCUCCUCACAUAAACAAGAUGCAUGCUUCUUUCUUCACCGCUAGACUGGUUGCGCUUGCCGCCAUUGUCUUAGUUGUUUCUGCUAAGGCAAAACGUCUAGAUCUCCUCCCUGCUGAUUGUACCCGUCAGGUUACUGUCAAAGCUGGAGAUACAUGUGACAAAAUCUCCGCAGAAUACGGCGUUUCCACAUACCAGCUGGCGGCAGUUAACAAAGAUAUCGUUACCCCCGAUUGUUCUAAUUUGUUUGCCGGUCAAAAUUUAUGCAUUGCAGUAAAAGACCAGGAUUGCAAGGUUACCCAUGUUGUGAAGGCCGGAGAAACGUGCAAAAGCGUUGCCGAUAAGGCUGGUGCCUCGUACAUCACGUUGCUCGCGAACAACCCGAACGUGGGCUCCGACUGCGCCAAGUUGUACCCUGGCGAGGUUCUCUGCACUGCGAAACAGAUCUAUGUGAACACUGCCUGA